AUGAAACCAACUAUGAGAUUUGAGGGUGAAGGAAGGUCGUACGUCGUCAAAGAGAUCUCGUAUGAAGAAAGUACACUUGUAAUUCAAGAUGAGGAAAUCUCUGAUCACUCCCCGUCUGACUUCUGCAAUUUCCUUUACAAUUUUACGGUGCCCCCUUCUCCUAUCUAUCCCUUAUAUCUUAAAUCUCCCAACUACACCUUUGUCAAUUGUCAGCGCCAUCAUCAGCCUCUCUUCAAUGAUUCCUAUAAGGGUGUAUAUAAUUACAGAGGUUGUGAAGACCGCAUUAUCUACUAUUGGUCAGAGGAUCUACAACUUCUUCAUGAUCUAUCACUGCUUCAACUGCAUCACUGUUCGGUCACUCACUUUCCAUUGUUUCUAUAUCCGGUCGAUCCAGAAGUGCCGAACCUCUUUAGUCUGUUGGAUUUGGGUUUCGGUCUUCUAUGGAAUCGGACACAAGAAUGCAUUGAAUGUCAGAAAGAAAAAGGGUUUUGUACUCGAAUUCCAUCCACCGGAGACUUCGACUGCUUUAGAACGCCGCCUUGGGUUUUUCAAACUCGGCCAGCUCAGCCUCCCAGGAGCAACCCAGCCGCGCCAAACUCAGCCAAGCCAGAAGUACAUUUAGGUGAAAAGCCAAGUAAGAAAAAGAAGAUCCUGAUAGCGGUAGGCGCAGUGAUCGGUGGCUUCCUUCUGACUUCCCUCAUACUCAUUCUUUACUUCCGGUACUGUAAGAAACGCUACCCUUCUCUGUCUUUCAAUGUCCUCUCUCGAGCCAUCUCUUCCUUCCCUAAUUGCAAUUCGGAGAUUGGAAGCAGCAUCCAAACCCAGUUCUUCUCCUACAAAGAGCUUGAAGAAGCUACAAACAACUUCGACCCCUCUAAAGAACUCGGAGACGGGGGCUUUGGGACAGUUUACCAUGGCAAGCUCUGGGACGGCCGUUUUGUUGCAAUCAAGCGCCUGUACCAGAAUAACCACAGGCGUGUUGAACAAUUCAAGAAUGAAGUUAACAUCCUCUCCCGCCUGCGCCAUCAGAACCUUGUCAUGCUAUAUGGUUGCAGCUCACGCCACAGUCGUGAGCUACUACUGGUCUAUGAAUUCAUCCCCAAUAGAACCGUUGCUUAUCAUCUCCAUGGUGACGGUGCGAAAACCAACAAGCUCACAUGGUCUACCCGAAUGUGCAUUGCUAUAGAAACUGCCGAUGCGCUUGCCUACCUUCAUCAGGUUGAAAUCAUACACCGUGAUGUCAAAACAGACAACAUUCUCCUCGAUAACAAUUUCUGUGUGAAGGUUGCAGAUUUCGGGCUGUCGCGUUUGUUCCCCUUUGAUGUCACGCAUGUGUCGACAGUUCCGCAAGGGACCCCUGGUUAUGUGGACCCCGAUUAUCAUCGAUGCUAUCAACUUACUGACAGGAGUGAUGUGUACAGCUUUGGGGUGGUCUUGAUCGAACUCGUAUCAUCAUUGCCGGCGGUUGACAUCAGUAGGCAUCGGCAUGAGAUUAAUUUGGCUAACAUGGCGAUUAACAAGAUCCAAAAUGAUGCAUUGCAUGAGCUGGUGGAACCCACGCUCGGGUUCGAUUCUGAUUUUUCUGUGAGGAGGAUGAUCACAUCAGUGGCUGAGUUAGCUUUUAGGUGUUUGCAAGAUGAGAAGGAAGUCAGACCAUCCAUGGAGGAGGUUUUGGAGGAGCUGAGAGGAAUCUCAGGUGAAAAAUACAAUGCGGAAAAGAUGGAGGAGGCAGGUACUCCCAUGGAUGAUAUUUGUUGAAGAAAAUUCCGCCCUGAUCACUGUAAUUGCCGGAUACUCUGAAUGAUUCAGGGGCUGUAGGAUUAUCUAAUCUUGAUUGAGUUUGUGUACACAAGACUCUGUAUCAAACGUUUCCUGUCGUUCAUCUAUGGUUCAUCUAUGGUUGAUGGAAUCUCAAUGUGCAUUCUCCAUCAAAUUUUGAAAUUCGAUGUGAGGGAAACCUGAAUGUGCUGAAGAUGGAAGGUGGAAAGUGUUUGGCACAUGACGUUAUGUGUAGUGGUGGAAACAGUACUUAAAUCAUGCUCUUAUAAUUAAUCUCUUGUUCGCCCACAUUCUACUGUAAUGUAGUAGCAUACAUUUUCUUCUUCUUUUAUGGAUGUGUUAUAAGGACCUUGAGAGAUGUAAUUAGUAGCUCUUUCAUUGAGGGCAAUGGAUAUACUAAUGGAGUUUCUGUAGCUUUUGAAUGCAGAUGGUGAUUGUGUUGGA